AUGGCAUCCAGUUUUACUCGCCCCGCCGCCGCCCUCGCCUCCCGCCGCCGCCAUCACACCGCGGACGGUCGCUCGCCGCGCACACAAAGCACACCGGACGCGGCUACAUCAUACAGAAUGUCCACGGACCCCGAUUUCCCGACGGCGGCUCGCUACCUCGCUGACAUUUCAAGCGAGCGCCAUGACCACUGUGACAGUGCCGCUGAAAACAAAACAAGCCAGACGGCGCGGCGACACCUAGCGGCGUACGCGCGAACUUCUUCGAGACGCGACGCUUUAGAUAGUUCAGAA